AUGGCUGAAGAAGCACAGGUAAAGGUAAGAUUCUUCACUAGAGAGCAAGAUGAAAGUUUGAAGCUCGAAGAUGCGACGCUUUUUGCGCCUGUGACGCUUAAAAGAUAUGGUCUUUCCGAGAUCGUCAACCACCUGCUAAAGCCAGAAUCGCCAGUUCCGUUUGACUUCUUGAUCGACGGCGAGCUUUUGCGUAGCUCUCUCGAUGCGUACUUGACCAAGAAGGGUCUGUCGUCAGAAACGCUGCUCAACGUGGAAUAUACCCGAGCUGUGCUUCCUCCUUCGUACCUGAAAAGUUUCAACAACGACGACUGGGUUAGUGCGUUGGAUGUGGGCAACUCAAGAAUCGUGAGUGGCUCUUAUGACGGUAUAGUGCGCACUUGGAGUCUUUCGGGUAAAAUAGAAAAACAAUACGCAGGCCACAGCGGUGCCAUUCGCGCCGUCAGAUACAUCUCUGGAACCAGACUCGUGUCAGGAGCCAACGACCGGACUUUACGUCUUUGGAAAACGAAAAAUGACGACCUGAAGAACAAUUUGGACGCCGAUGAAGACGAUGUGGAAGAAGGAAAGACUUUGGCCAUCUUGGAGGCACACAAGGCGCCAGUUGUGACCUUAGAUGUCAGUGCCGAUCGCAUUUUGUCUGGCUCCUACGACCACUCCAUUGCAUUCUGGUCCACUAACCACAAGGAAAUGACUUCAGUGGAUCCUAUGGACGCCUUAGGCUCCUCAGUGUCGUCUGCCGCCAAAAAGAGAAGAAGACUGGCAUUAAAGGACGGUUCUGUCAGAAGACGAUCCCCACUAGCGCUUCUAGAAUCUCACACUGCUCCUGUGGAAGCCGUUCGCUUUGAUGCUCACGACAACACUGUUGGGUACUCGGUGUCUCAAGAUCACUCGAUUAAGACCUGGGACCUGGUCACGGCUCGUUGCAUCGAUACAAAAAUUACGUCCUAUUCACUUUUAUCUCUGGCACAACUUCCUCAGCUGAAUCUAUUAGCAUGCGGGUCAAGUGCUAGACAUAUCACUCUACAUGAUCCUCGUGUUGGGUCCUCUGCCAAGAUCACUCAGCAGCAGCUCAACGGUCAUAGAAACUUUGUGGUGGCUCUAGAUACAUGCCCGGAAAAUGAAUACCUACUGUGCUCCGGUUCUCAUGACGGGACCGUGAGAGUCUGGGAUGUUCGUUCCAGCUCACCAAUGUACACUAUCACCAGAGAAGCCGAAGUCGUCAAGGGCGUCAAUGAUAAAGUCUUUGAUGUCAAAUGGGCCAAGGGUCUAGGCAUCAUUAGUGGUGGUCAAGACAAGAAAAUCCAAAUUAAUAAAGGAGACGACAUUUUCAAGAAAUAG